AUGUACAAGCUUACCGCGCAACUCCGAGGCCACGAAGAUGAUGUUCGUGGUGUCGUCUUUCCAAGCCCAAAUCUUAUUGCCUCGGUCUCUCGGGAUGCAACAGUUCGACUGUGGAAACGCAAAGAUGCUCAAUCUGUAACUUUCGAUGACCACAUCAACUCUACCGGACAGGCUUUCGUCAAUAGCAUAACAUUCAUCCCUCCUAGUCAAAAACAUCCCAGUGGCCUAAUUGUUAGUGGUGGUCAAGACACAAUCAUUGAAGCCCGAGAACCACUGGCUGGAGCACAGGAUUCGGAUGCACCACCCGCAUACAUGUUAUUAGGGCAUAGCCACAAUGUUUGUACAUUGGAUAACUACGGGGAUAUCAUUGUCUCAGGAUCUUGGGACGGUACCGCUCGGGUUUGGCGAAACGGCGAAACACAACACGUUUUGCAAGGUCAUGGGCAAACUGUAUGGGCUGUUCUCGCGCUUUCGGAAACGGAGAUAAUUACCGGGUCGGCGGAUAAGACGAUAAGACUCUGGAGGGACGGUAAACAAGUAAAAAUACUGGGCGAACAUACAGAAGUCGUCCGAGGGCUGUGCAGACUUCUAAAUGGUGGUUUUGCUAGUUGCUCUAAUGACGGCACGAUUCGUCUUUGGAGUGCAGAAGGGCAUCCACUGCAAGAGCUUCAUGGACACACCUCCUUCAUCUACUCAAUCGCUGCUUUACCAACCGGAGAGAUUGUCUCUUCUGGAGAGGAUAGGACAGUUAAAAUCUGGAAAGACGGUAACUGUAUUCAAACUAUAACACAUCCUGCUAUUAGUGUUUGGUCCGUUGCCGUGUGUCCCGAGACUGGAGACAUCGUUACCGGGGCGAGUGAUAGGGUUGUGCGGGUCUUUUCACGAGAUCAGGCUAGAUGGGCUGAUGAAGAGGGCCUAAAGGAAUUUGACAGUGCCGUUACAGCUUCAAGUAUUCCUGCCACGCAAGUCGGUGAUGUGAACAAAAAAGAUUUACCAGGCCCAGAAGCUCUUCAGCAGCAAGGGAAAAAAGAUGGGCAGGUAAUCAUGAUACAUAAUGAGGGGAACGUAGAAGCCUAUACUUGGUCUAGUCAAACCAGAUCUUGGACCAAUGUUGGGACUGUCGUCGAUGCUAUAGGUUCGGGCCGCAAACAGCUAUAUAAGGGCAAGGAAUACGAUUUUGUCUUCGACGUUGAUUUCCAAGAGGGCGCACCACCAUUAAAGCUUCCAUACAACGCAUCUGAAAACCCAUUUGAUGCAGCCCGAAAAUUCCUGGAAGAUAACGAGCUUCCAAUGACCUACCUGGAUACUGUAGGUAAUUUCAUUGUGACGAAUGCAAAGGGAGUCGAGCUCGGUGGAGGUCAAGAUAGAGGUGGUCCAGACCCCUGGGGCACAGAGAAUCGGUAUCGACCAGGAGAGACAUCUUCUCCAGCCCCACGCCCACAACCAACCAAGCAAAAGUUUAUACCGCAAACAGUAUAUCUUUCUAUUGUUGCCGCAAAUCUGGCAACUAUUCAAAAGAAAAUCAACGAAAUCAACCAAGAUCUUAUUUCAAAGGGCGAGAAGGAGAUUGCCCUGAACCCUGACGAGGUCUCUGUUCUUGCAAAGCUUAUAGAAUUUCUUCAAACUGCUGCUUUACUUAACAAGCCGAUAGAAAAGCCAUUUGCUGCCACCGAAGCAAGUUUAGACUUGCUCAUUAAGAUUAUCAAGAGCUGGGCGCCACAGAAUCAGCUUCCGGGGCUGGAUUUGUUGAGGCUAUUUGCAGCAGCAAGCUCCCAGGCAGCAACAUAUCAAUCCAGUCACCAAAAUAUAGGGGAAAUACUCGAGACCUCAGGUGGUUUCGGCAACGGCUUGGUCAACAAUGCUAUGUUAGCGACGAGAACAUAUGUAAACCUUUUUCAGACAGUAGAUGGUAGAAAAUACAUGAACACGCGGUUUGAGCGGACUGUUGAGUUAGUUGAAAAAUCAUCUGCCGGCACUACAAAUCGCAACUUCAAGCAAGCCAAAUCAACACUUUUCCUCAACUAUGCGGUUUUAUUUCACUCCACUAACUCAGUUGACCGGUCUAUUGAGCUUCUCAAACCUUUAACCACCAUUAUUGGCACUGAAACAGAUUCCGAGGCUACAUUUAGAGCGCUCGUAGCGCUGGGAACCUUGUUGACACUUCAAGGAGAUGUCAAAGCAGCCGCAGUCGGGAUAUAUGAAACACGUCGGCUUGUUUCAAAGGUUGAGAGCAGGCUUCCAGAGCAGAGAAUCAAAGACGUAGUAGCAGAGAUUAAGGCCUUGCUUUAG